AUGCUAGGAGUAACCUGCUCUACGCAAGUGGAAGAAGAGAUUCGAAGUUCACUCCACCGUCACCGAUCGAAGAUCAGAGACGCUGCCGCAUAUGCAAAGGAAAGCAAAAUUAGGAUGGGAAUUUCACCAUGUUAUUCGCUUAAACCUCCACAACGGUUUACCGCCUCAGAGUGGCGUGGAGGUGACACUGGGCGUCGAACUGCGAUGCACAGCGGAGGUUCGUCCUCCGGCAGGGUUGGGCGACGACCUGUGGUGAAAGCUAAGCUCGCCGUGGCAUGGCUGCUUAGUUUGGGGAAAAGUCGUUUUGCUACUCCAGCAUAUACACUGCCUCAGUACCCUGCACACUGGGCCCUGCCGUCUCAGACGUCGGACGAUAUGGCGACCGGACAGUGUCCACAGACGCCUAUACCGCACGUCAAUGUCGUGGAUUCGCAAAAGGGUCGAAAUCGUGAGCCGCCGUCACCUUGUUUUCGAGGCGGAGCCAAUCACUGGUUUAGAGACUGCACAUUCGUAAACAAGAGAUGCCACGACUGCAGACGCUCUGGACACAAGCGAGGAUUCUGCAAAAAUUUCCCGGAGAAGAAGCGGAAUGCGAAACAGAAGCGGAAAUCUGCCAACACCGACUAUAUAGCUUCGACUCGUGUUGACGUCGCUGUAGACCGCACUCGGCAGGUAAACAAACCAGUUGCGAUUCAGGAUCGGCACAACUACGACUAA